AUGACCUUUUCCCUCAUUGAUUUUCUAAACAGACCGGUAAAAACAUGUUUUUGUACGAUUAUUAAAAAGUUUGAAUUAUAGUUGAGUCACGUAUCCAAUGGAGUUUACAUAAUUUUCACAAUCAACAAUUUCGGUUUUUCAAGGGCCUUUUCUUCGUGGUUAAAUGGUAACUUUUUAUUUCAAAUUUGGUAUCUAAGCUAACGUAAGCAUUUUAGCAUUGAAUUGCUCAUUUUUCGCAGCUACAAUAUCUCUUCUAUCAGUUCAUUUCAUAUAUAGAUAUUUCGCCAUUUGUCGGUAAGUCUUGAAUACAAUUCCGAAUAAAGAAAAUAUUCCAGCCCAAAGUUGAUAAGAUUUUUCAAAUGGCCUUAUUCUCUCAUCUGGUUUUUAUACUGUUUCAUGAUAACUGUUAAAUGGUUUCUCACAACCAACUAUUUUGCUCCAAGAAGUAGAAAAAUAAACUUGAUAAUCGAACAAAGUAUUAAAGAGAUAUACAAUAUUUCAGUGAAUGAUAUAAUUUAUCAUGGUUCGAAUUAUUAUGAAAGUUUCAUUUUUUUCUCGCUCUAAUCUUUAAAAAAGAUGUAUUAUUUUUAGGAAUCAGAUGGUAGUUUCGAUGUCGCAAAUGUUUUAUUUGUCAUUCAUUUGAAUCUCAUCACUUUAUUCUGCUUCGUAGUUAUUAUAACUUGCGGAAUGUUGACUUUUCGAAAAAUGAAAUCUUUGGGAUACACAUCGAAAAAAACCAAUAAUUUGCAAAGACAACUAUUUCUAGCUCUGAUUGUCCAGGUAAAAAACAACAAAUUGUUUAUUUACUUUCACAGAAGAUUCAUUUUUUGAGUUUAUAUUACAGACAAUAAUACCAUUCGUUACCAUAUUUGUACCGGCAAGUACUAUUAUAUGUGCACCAUUUUUCCGAUCAACUUUCGGUUCAAAAGAAGUUUUACUGAUAACUUUUAUCACAACUUAUCCACUUUUAGACCCUUUAGUCAUUUUAUAUUUUGUGAACGACUAUCGGAAAUCAUUAUUAGAUAUUAUUGUGCGUUGUCGAAAAAUACGUGUGCUUGCGCUGGCAACGUCUGUUACAAACGCAGAAAAUAAUGUUAUUAAAUAAGUUCAGUGAGACCAAUCUCCAGAACAAUGAACAUAUAUUUUCUUCAUUAAGUUUUAUUGAAGGUCUUCUUAACUUUGAUUAUUAAAGAACUCCCAUAAUUCUAGUUAAUUCUAUCUUGGCUGUCAUUGAGCAAUGAACUUUUUCAUAUUAUUCCUUAUUUUUUAUUUUUCAAUAAAAAUAAUAGAAUCACAAAAAACGACAAUAAGAGUUGGAUUGUUGUUCACAAAAGAUGAAUCUAGUUCGAAAAGAUCUGUUGGUUAUCGUACUUCAGCAGCUGCUGUUCUCGUGGCAAAAGAAAAAAUUCAAAAUGAGCAUUUGCUAGAUAAUUAUGAUUUUAAGUAAGUUAACAGACUCCCGUAGUUCAUCAAUAAACACACACAUUUUUCUCAGCUUUACCGUAAAAUUUGAUGAAUGCAGUGAGAAUCUAGCAGCUGGUAUGGCUACAGAUUUGAUACUUGUGGAUAAUGUUGAUCUAAUUAUUGGUCCUACUUGUAAUCGAGCUGGAAUUGCAGUGGCAACUAUUGGUGCAUAUUAUAAAAUUCCUAUUUUUGAGUGGGGAUUAACAACUUCUGCCGAAAUUACGCAAUCGGGCCGUUUUCCAACAACUGUGACACUAUCAAUUGACACUUACAGUAUCUCUUUAGCUGUGAAAAAUGUGUUGGAGCGUUUUGAAUGGAAUCAAUUCGCUUUUAUUUAUUCGAACUCUGGUGAUUUAGAAAAAUGUAGUUCGAUGAAAAGUGAUUUGGAAAGUAUGUCUGCAUAUUCGGAUACUAUUACAUUGUCUUACAUUUAUCAAAUACAAAAUGUAACCAUGGAUUCGUUAAAAGCCGGCGUAAAAGCAGUUGCAGCAAAAGCUAGGAGUGAGUAUGAGCUUAGACGUAAAUUAUAUAGAAUAAAACUAUUCCAGUUGUCGUUGUAUGUUUCACUGGAGGUUUCGGAUACAAAAAAGCCUUUGUGGCUUCAAUUUCUGCUGCAGGAGUUGCAACAACAGAAUUCGUUUAUAUUUUUGCUGAACCAAAAUCUCGUGGUUUCUGUAAGUUGUUUUUUUAAUGCCACGCAAAAACGAUACUUGAAGAUGUUGACGAGGCGAAUGGUGGACAACAUUAUUCAUGGGAAGAUACUUCGAAUGGGUUUGAAUUGGGAAUGACUGAUGAAGAAAUUCAAAAAGCCUUUGGUCGCGUAUUAUUUAUUGUUGAUGUAAGAUAUACGUUAAAAUGUGAUUCAUAAAACAAAAGAGUGAACAUUUUUUCAGAAUAUGGGACAGCCACAAUCACAAUCUGCGCAAUUCUCCAACUUUUCGAAUCAAGUGAUCUUACGGAUGAAAGAAGCGCCAUUUUACUGUAUUGAUGAUUGUAAGAAUGUUUCUUACCAAAAUGCAGCCCUUUAUAGUGGACAACUAUUUGAUGCAUUUUACGCAUAUGCUGUAGCAGUUAAUCGAACUUUGUCUAAAAAUGCAUCAGCAAGUAUCAGAGAUACUUCCACAGUUUUUGAUAAUAUCGCUAUGAGUUACAUAGGUGUUGGUGGAGGACAAGUUGAUAUCGAUUCAUCUGGAUCACGUCUUGCAAAAUUGACAAUGUAUGCUCUCAACAGUUCUUUCCUACCCUAUACUGCAGCUUCGAUUUUUGUGAAUGGAACCAAUGUUGUUUACACCGCAUUUUAUGACGAUGAAAAUGUACUCUGGAAGGGUGGAUCAAAACCACUAGCCGUUCCAAUUUGCGGAUUCAGUGGAACUGAAUGUCCUGUUGAUUUUUUGAGAGAUUAUUUGAUUUAUGUAAUACUUGUUGCAGUUAUAAUUAUUUUUGCAAUGAUGGCAGCAUGUGGAGGGAUACUGUAUACUAUUCAGUUAGUUCAUGCAGAUUGAGAAUUUCAAAAACUUGAAAAUAUUUCAGUAUGAAACACAUGGAAGCUAAACAUCAAGAUUUGCUAUGGCAAGUAUCAUUUAGUGAACUACGCCAAGUAGAAGGAAGAUCAAAAGCUGCUGAAAGUAUGCAUUCUUUUGCCAGUGGACCAUCAACUUCAACAAAAUUAACAAUUGAAAGUAGAUCAGAAACAACUCAUUUUAUAUUUUAUUAUUAUAAUCAAGAAGUUGUUGCUGGUAUGAAACAUGAAAUUCGACCAUUUUUUGAUGAAAAACAACGUUCUGAGAUGCGCCAGCUUAGAAAUUUGGACAAUGAUAAUUUAAAUAAAUUUAUUGGUUUUGUAUUAGAUGGUCCCCAACUUAUUUCACUUUGGAGGCUUUGUUCGAGAGGUUCACUUGCAAAUGUUAUUGAAAAAAGUUCAAUGCAAAUGGAUAACUUUUUUAUGUUUUCUUUGAUUCGUGACAUUACAAACGUGAGUUUUUAAAAUAUUGAAAUUAAUUAAUUAAUUAAUUAAUUAGUGAAGCAUUAUAGGGUUUAUCAUUCAUUCAUAAUUCAUUUAUUGGAAUACAUGGUCAUCUUACUUCUCGAUGUUGUUUAAUUGAUGAUCGAUGGCAAAUUAAAGUAUCAGAUUUUGGUUUAAAUAAUAUGAGAAGUAGAAAAAUAGAAACUAAAAAAGAUUUAUUAUGGACAGCUCCAGAGAUUUUGAGAGAUGAAAAUAUGGAAAAAACACAAGAAUGUGAUAUUUAUAGUUUUGCUAUUAUUUGUUCCGAAAUUAUUACAAAAUCAUCAGCUUAUGAUUUGGAAAAUCGAAGAGAAAAAGCUGAUGUUAUAAUAUAUCAAGUGAAAAAAGGAGGACAUCAACCAAUGAGACCAUCACUUGAAAUGAAUGAAAAUCUUGUUGAAGUUAAUCCAGCUAUGGUAAAUAUAAUACUAAAUAUCUACAAUGAAAUGAAUUAUUUUCAGAUUCAUUUAAUUCGAGAUUGUUGGACUGAAAGACCAUCUGAACGACCAAAUAUUUCACAAAUAAAAAGUCAUUUAAACAGUAUGAAUGAUGGAAGAAAAUCAAAUUUAAUGGAUCAUGUUUUUAAUAUGUUAGAAACUUAUGCAUCAACAUUAGAAGAUGAAGUUUCAGAAAGAACAAAAGAAUUAGUAGAAGAAAAGAAAAAUCAGAUGUAUUAUUAUAUAGAAUGUUACCAAGAACUGUUGCUGAUAAAUUAAAAUUAGGACAAGCUGUUGAACCAGAAACAUUUGAACAAGUUACUGUAUUUUUCUCUGAUGUUGUACAAUUUACAAAACUUGCUUCAAAAUGUACACCACUUCAAGUUGUAACAUUAUUAAAUGAAUUAUAUUCAAUAUUUGACAAUAUUAUUGAACAACAUGAUGUUUAUAAAGUAAGUGAAAUAUAUUCUAAAAAAUUGAUAUAAUUUCAGUUCAUAAAUACUUUAAUUUUAGGUAGAAACAAUUGGUGAUGGAUAUCUUUGUGUUUCUGGUCUUCCACAUAGAAAUGGAAAUGAACAUAUUCGAAAUAUUGCUAUAAUGGCUCUUGGUUUCUUAUCAAGUCUUGAAUUCUUUCGAAUUUCUCAUUUACCAUCUGAACGGAUUAAUCUUAGAAUUGGAAUUAAUUGUGGAAGUGUUGUAGCUGGUGUUGUUGGUUUAACAAUGCCAAGAUAUUGUUUAUUUGGAGAUGCUGUUAAUACUGCAAGUCGAAUGGAAAGUAAUGGAAAACGUAAGUUCAUUUGAUUUUAUUCGAAUAUUUCAUUCAAAUAUUUUAGCUGGUCAUAUUCAUUGUACAGCAGAAGCUAAUCGAAUGUUGACUGAAGUGAUUGGUGGAUUCAAAACUGAAUCAAGAGGAGAAGUUAUUAUCAAAGGAAAAGGUGUUAUGGAAACAUUUUGGCUGAUUGGUGAAAUAUUUGAAACUCAAUUCAAACCUUCCAUGAAACAAGUAAAUUUUCAUCAUAACAUCUGUCGAAAAAUUCUAAAAUUUUAGGAAAAACCUGCCCCCGAACCUCGAAGUAUAAGUCCCUCAAUAAUGGAAUCGGUGAAUGGCGGACUUUAUCAAGAAUACAAAAAAGGGAAUUAA